AUGGAUCGCCUUGAAGUGCGAGCAUUACUGGGCUCGGGUAUCUCUGAGCGCGCCGCGCCUGCCCCUGUGGAUCUGGGUAUCUACGUAGAUGAUUCUCUUGGCGAGGAGACUUUUCUCAAGACGCUUGAAGAGACGCUGCAGCAGCACGUGGCGUCUUUAGGUGAGAAAUUCCUGGUGCUGAGCGCUGCGCAGGUGGACCGCUUGGCAUUCCGCUUAAAUGACGCCCUCGUGCCCAAGCGCGACGCCGAUACACACGUCAUACAGGCAUGGACGAUUCAGCCACAGCUUCAACUCAAGGUCAAGGCCAGCGCCCACAUCCAAGUGCUCAAACUGUCCACGAUCCUGCGGGAGGUGCAGAGACUGCGACUGCAUCAAUCACAGACGGAGGAGGCUCACGCGAACGCCAUUGAGGUGGAGAUUUUUCCAUCUUUACGAGUCAUUGAAGUACUCAACACGGAGACCAGAGGCCUUCAGAACGUCCACUACUUUGCUCACCAGCUGAGGGAGCUUCAUAUUGAGCAUACCGAGGUGGCGACACUGAGGCAGCUGCUGGCGCCCAAGGGGGAGGAGCAGAAGCCGUGGCGGAAACUACUGAAGUUGCAGAUGAAUUGUUGUGAGCUGCGGGUGCUGGACGAGUCGGUAAACUUGCUGCGAGCCGUGAAAACGCUGGACUUGGGCUGGAACAAGAUCCAGAAGGUGGAAACCGACGUGACCACACGGUCGCUGCAAGUACUGAAUUUGUGUCACAACCAGCUAUACCAGGUGCCUCUUAUACAGUCGCUACGGUCUCUGAGGGAGCUGGAUCUGGCAGUCAACCAGAUAUCGUCGCUGAAAGGACUAGAGACGCUCACGGCGCUGGAACGACUGGAUGUCUCGCACAACUUGAUCCAUGAUAUCACGGAACUAGAGCUGUUGACGAGUCUACCACGACUCACAUAUCUCAAGAUGGAGUUCAACCCGAUUGCUCGGCGGCCAGACUACCGACGAGAGGUGCUGUUCUACGUGGGCGAGCCGAUCGAGUUGGACGGGAAGCGUUGGAGCGACGCCGAGCUGGGCAGCAUGAAAAAUCGGCGUAUGUUGAUGAUGCUGGACGACGAGAAAGAGCGCAAUGGCGUUGAGAGUGCCAUCUGGGGACAGUCUAUGGAAGUUCCUGUGUACCCAAGAGUUCGUGUCCAAAGUGGCAUUGUUGUGAAGGCUCCGAAACUUGUGCUGGGAUACCCGCUACUGUCUCGAUCUCAAUUUUCUCCUGCUCACUUUGUCGAAAUACAAAACCCACCGUCCACAAUACCGAUGAAGGGAAAUAACACGAAAACUGCAGUCGGCAAUGGUACAGAGAGUGGAGAUAGCUCAUCGACGCCUCCCGUCAACAGUCGAGGCUCACAGGGUUCUCGGCCGCCGAUUUUAACGGUGGACGACUACUUUAGAUCACAGCGCGAUGUGAUCGAGGAAGCCAGUGAUGACUCCAGCACAGGAUCGACUCGAAAGCGCAGUCGUAAAUAUACGGCAAGUGACUUCAUGCGCGACUUUGAGGAGGAAGAGCUACUUGUGCGGGAAGGCAACGACGUAGAUAGUGUGGAUGCACUUGUCGCACGCUCCACCUCUCAGACGCAGAUAUCAAGUCCCCAGAAACCUGGACGAAGCAUCACUGUGCGAGUACUGUUGAGUGCAAAAGAAGCUGCUGAGCUUGACCUCCACUUUGGAAUCGAUGGCGUCCCAGCAAACGUAGAAGUUAAGUCUCGGGAAUUGAUCGAAAGAUUUACAGUCAGCGAUGACAAAGAACCGAUUACCAUUACGCGAUGGCUUCCAGAUGUCGUCGCCGUUGGCACUUCAAUGCAUCCCAAUCGUGCCAAGAUUCUCACAAUGAAAAUGCGACCACGAGGAUCAUCCGGUGUGGCAGAUGCUGCGUAUCAAUUCGAUGCGAUUGCGUCGUUGGAGACUCUGUUAGCGCCUUUGGUUGCCCGUCUGUAUCAACAGUACAAGGGCCGUAUAGUAAUCUGCACCUGCGCAAAUUGUGGAGCCCUUUCGCUGCUCUCUCCCAAGUACCCGGCUCGGACAGAAGCUGACGACGCGUUGAUGGUGUACUCGUGCUUGCUAUGCUCGAGCUGCAACGUACGCGAAGCUUCAUUCAAGAAGUUGGUUGCGCUUUGUGCUGGCGAAGGGGUCACCAUUCCAAGCAGCAUUCCGCUGGCGCCGCCACCGUGGGAGACAAUUACUGAAGGAUUUUACAUCGAGGAGCCAGUCGCUAGCGAUCCGAGCUCCAUGCAUGAGUGCGUCAUGGUUUCGUGUAAUGGUAUCCGUGAAUUUGCAGCGCCUACCGCUGAGGUAGGUAGGAAUGAUGAAGCGCACAGCGAUGAGCUGAACGAUGCCAUUGUGCAUGCUAUGACAGCGACAAUGCGAUGA